CUCUUUUAACUAACAACGACAUCGUACGACGGCACUUGUUAAUUUUAUGAAAUGCAUCUCUCAAAUUAGGACCCGGAUUCUAAGUGUUAUUUAUUAUUAUUUAUUAUCAGAACGCCAAGAAUAUUGCAUUAACUUACCUACGUAACUUAGGCGCCAUGGUUUACACGGUGGGGAACUAUACUUACGUUUCUCCUCUCGAGGGGUAUGAGAACGCCCCACCGCUGCCGGACGAGAAGAAUGAGGACGGCAAGAGCUACAAGAACCCAGCAAGAGACACGCUCAGCAAGGCCUAUGUCGAGUUCCCCGACCCGCUGGAUAAAGGUCGUCGAGGUGGUUUCGACAUACACAUAUACUACUUGCCGAACAACGAGAGCCAGGCAAAGCAUGCGAAGGAUCUCUGGGAGCGGAUCCGACGAGAAUUUCCCGAGCUAAGGAUAUACCGUCUUUGGGAUAAGCCGAUAGGCCCUCACCCGGUGGCCAUGUUUGAGGUUAACCUCUUCACUCCGGCCCAGUUUGGCGCGUUCAUUCCCUGGCUCGCCAUCUAUAGGGGCCCAUUGCCGGCGCUGAUCCACCCCAACACGGUUGAAGACGGGGAGGGGGUUGAACGCCGGAAUCACUCUCAGAGGGCUAUCUGGAUGGGGGAAAGGUUCCCCCUGGAUUUGGAUAAACUCUAAAUGAAUUACGUGGUAUGAAAAGGCGCUCUGCGUUGUUGGAUAGCAGAUGCGCGGGGCGGCUAGGAGCACUAGAAAGGCAGAUAGCCAAUAUGAGAUGAUGAUUGGAUAUAUGAACUAUCUAAACUAUGUUUACGGACCUGGGUAUGUCUUGGUAUAAUGACACCGCAAAUGCUCUUAUAGGAAGGAUCCUAGGAGAAUACCUAACACCCACCUUGUUAGCCAGUAGACUGCCAUUCUUCAUAGAAGCAGGCAUCUAUCUGCAUGCCCAUAUCCCAAGGUUCUCAACAGUCUUUCGUAUGCAUCACUAACUUAUUUCGUUAGUAAUCAUAAUAUUUAAUCGACCUAUAAGAUGU